AUGGUCUCGACUGGUCUGAAGAAGGUGAUGCAGACAGCCGAUCAGCUGUGGCAGACCUUCGUCGAUGCCAACGCCGAUCUGGGUCCUGGAAGCAGCAAUGCUCGUGGCACAAUUCCUCUGCAUCCUAUCGGCCAUUGGCAGGAUGAUGAGGCGGUUGAGUACUAUGCUAAGAAAGCUUUCGAUCUCGAGUCGCUCCAGAUCAUGCGCACAAAGAAUUGGUUGGACCAGGGUCUGCGUAAGGAUGGUGUUGAUGAUUAUUGGGUGCUUGAGCGUGUGAUCGCUGCCGCUAUGGAAUACGCUGUCAGCGACUUUGAGCAUCUCAUGAGGGUGUUCUUCAUCGAGUGGGAGAAAGAACUCAAGCCAGACGGCCGCACCAACAAGAACAAGGAUCAGUGGACUCGCUGGUGUGAGGUCCAUCUUGUGCGCCAUCACAGAAACACCAAAGCCAUCCGCUGUCUUGAGGUCUUGGAGGCUCUUGGUCUUCUCUUCCCUGGCUGGUGGAAGCAAGUGUUCGCCUUGAAGCACAACAGACCCGUCGUCGACGAAACUUACGCCUCGCCCUGGGACAUCCGCCCAUCUGCCGACAUCGCAAAGAUGGAUGAACUCAACCAGAAGUACGCUCGUGUUCCUCACUCAACCCAGGCGCAAGCCCAAGCCGCUACUCGCGCCGCCGCGUCCAUCGUCGAGACGCCUGCUAAACUCGCUUUGACGUACGGAAAGAAAGGCAAAGGCAGAAAGCGCACCAAGAUUACCACCAAGGCUGGCCCUCAGACCGCAACCAAGACCAGUCGCUUCCACGAACAUCUGGAAGAGCUUGACAACGAGUACACCGAUUCCGCUCCCGCCAAAGACACCGACAACGAGUCUGAAGAGUCCUUCCGUCCAGAAGACUACUACCCCGACUACGUUCACGAGUACGACGCAGUCAUGGGCACUCCAAAGACCACCAACCCUGAACUGGCCCACACCGUGGGUUUCGCUCCUGCUGCUGACGCAUGGCGCGACUUGAACCGGAAUGGCUUCGAAGGCGCCACUCGCUUCAACCCUGAGAUCAACGCUACUCGCAUCGUUGACUCUGUCGCAAAGGAUGCUGUCUCUUUGCGCCCUGUUCCUCGCGCCGACCAAAGACCUUUCCCUUCAGUUCCUCGUACCCACACAGGCACUACUCCUGGCGUCAACGCAGGUUACGCUCCACACGGCACCGCAGGUCCUGCUCCUGCAGCUGCUCGUACCAGCCCCGGUCCAGGCCCUCACGUCAACCAAGGCUCUGUCCCUUCAGCCCCUCACGGCAACACAGGUCCAAUUCCUCCUGUCAAGAAGAGCAACCUCUACAUCCCCAUGCCCCAACCCCUUCCUCGCCCCGAGCCCGACCGCCCUCAGCCCUCCUUGUCUGCUUUUGGCAGCAUCAACUGGGCUGACCUCGACGAACGCGACUUUGCCCGUGCCGUCAACCAGGUCGAAGCAGACUUCCCCCGCGGCGGCGGCCAUGUGAACAACUCUGCCGGUCCUCAGCGCAUGACACCCCACCACAACGCCAUCUACAAUGCCGUUGCUGGCUACAAGGGCGUUUCUGCUGCUGACCUUGCUCGUCGCAAUGCUGAGCGUCAGGCUGAGUCUGCUGGUGGUUCUCAGGCACCUCAGGCUGCAUCCGAGGCUGCAGUUGAGCCUCAGGCUCCUGCUGAGCCUAAGCUCACGUUCAAGGACAUUGGUUGGGAAGUCACCAACCCUGAUCCCGCCAUGUACCCUCCCGAAGAAUGA